AUGUUAAUAAAACUAAACAUCUCGUUCUCUCUCUCUCUCAUUCCUCUCUUCCUCUCCUCUCUCUCUCUCUCCCCUCCCUCUCUCUCUCUCUCUCCCUUCCUCCCUCUCUCUCCUUCCUCCCCCCUCUCUCUCCCCUUCCCUCCCUCUCUCUGUCCUUCCCCUCCUCUCUCUCUCCGCCCUCCUCUCUCUCUCUCCCUUCCUCCCUCUCUCUCUCUCCCUUCCUCCCUCUCUCUCUCCUUCCCUCCCUCUCUCUCCCCUUCCCUCUCUCCCUCUCCUCCCUCCUUCCUCUCUCCUCUCCUCCUUCCCUCUCUCCCUCUCCUUUUGUCUCCCCCUUCCUCCCCCUCUAUUUUUCUAUACACACAUCUCUUUCUCUUUCUUUCUCUUUUUCUCUUUCUUUCUUUCUUUCUUUUCUUUUCUCUUUCUCUUUCUCUUUUCUUUCUUUUUCUUUCUCUCUUUCUCUUUCUCUUUUCUCUCUUUUCUUUCUCUCUUUCUCUUUCUCUUUUCUUUUCUCUUUCUUUCUUUCUCUUUCUCUUUCUUUUCUCUCUUUCUCUUUCUCUCUUUUCUCUUUCUUUCUUUCUUUUCUCUUCUUUCUUUCUCUUUUCUCUUUUUUUUCUUUUCUCUUUCUUUUCUUUUUUUCUCUUUUCUCUUUUUUUCUUUUCUUUUUUUCUUUCUCUUUUCUUUCUUUUUCUUUCUUUUUUUUUCUUUUUUCUUUUCUUUCUUUUCUUUCUCUUUUUUCUUUUUUUCUCUUUUCUUUCUUUUUCUCUUUCUUUCUUUUUUCUCUUUCUUUCUUUUCUCUUUUCUUUCUUUUUUCUUUUUUCUUUUUCUCUUUCUUUCUUUCUCUUUCUUUUUUCUUUUCUUUCUUUUUUCUCUUUCUUUCUUUCUCUUUCUUUCUUUUUCUUUUUCUUUUCUUUUCUCUUUCUUUCUCUUUUCUUUUCUUUCUUUUUCUUUCUUUUCUUUCUUUCUCUUUUCUCUUUCUCUUUUUCUUUUCUCCACCAAGUUUCCCUACGGGACACGGGGGGCAUCCAAAGACGACAGACAGGGAAACAAAAAGAAAAAAAAAGAAAAAAAAAAAAAAAAAAAGAAAGAAAAAACGUAUUAUUAACUCUCUCUCUCUCUCACACAAUGUCUGAGGCAUUGUCAGAUUCAGAGGUGCAUACAUACGCAAACACUUUACGACACAACGAUGAACUGGUGACUUCCCUCUAUGAGGUACUUGAACAACGACCGGGUGUUGAGAUUCUUGAUCCAAUAUGUCACCAGUUAUUUGAAUUUUUCCGCUCAAAAGAGCUUGAAUUGCAGCGUUUCACAUUUGAAUUCAUUCCCACCCUAACAUGGUUGUACUUGUCAAUGGUGACUGGCAAUGAGAAAAAGAAUUGUGGUGGAUUAGAAGCUUUCUUCCUUGGAAUUUACAACUUGCUCACUGAGUGUGAACAGCUUGGUAACCUCUGUCUCUUGUAUAUAAAAACACACUUUCUCUCUCUUCAUCUAGAGUUCUCACUGAUUUUUUCUUUAUUUUCUCUCUCUCUCUCAAUCCCCUCUUUUUUUCUGUCUGCCUGUCUCUCUCCAUUUUUCUCUUUCUCUCUCUCAUUUUCCCUCUCUCUUUCUAUCAUAUCUCAUAUGUCACAAUAA